AUGUUCAUCUUCGGAGGCACCAGCAAGUUGCAGGAGCGCUACGACGACCUGUGGGAGUUCAACAUCGAGCGGGAGAUGUGGUCCGAGGUCGCCGUCGCGGGGGCUCGACCGUCGGCCCGCACGUUCCACUGCGCGGCCGUGCUCAGCGGGCAGAUGUUCGUCUUCGGCGGCUACGACGGCGAGCGGAAGAACGACCUGCACGUACUCGCGCUGCCCGGCUCUGAGCCCUGCGAGACCCAGGUCGCCACACCAGGGAGCACGCGGUUCCCCGCGGCGCUGGCCGAGGAGAGCAACGGUGGCGCCACGCCGCACGAUUUUCAGAAACUGGCAGCGGAUCAGGCCACGCCCGAGGCCGCGAGGGCUCCGCAGAGGCAGCAGGCGCUCCGCAUCAUGGACGUGGACGAGGUGCCCGGGGCGGUGCCGUCGCUGAAGGGCCUCUUCGGCCUGCCGGUGGCGCCGCUGCUGGACUCGACGGCGAGCCUCUUUCACGUGCUGGGCGGAUUGCAGGGGACCGUGGUCGACGCCUUGCAGUUCGCACGCAACAGGGUCUCCACGCAGGGCCCCGACCCUUAUGGCCUGACAGAGGACAUGAUCGCUGGCAUCAAUGUGUACACGUCUGAGGUGUUGCAUUCUGCAGUGAACCAGUGUCUUCGCUCAGGCAACGACUUUGUGGUGAAGAGCUUCUUCCCUUUUUUGCGACUGUUACUGGCAGCUCUCGAGCGGCUUCCUGAUUAUUCUGGCCAAGUAUACUGUGGGGCCAGAAAGGACCUGUCGAAUAGCUACCCCAUGGGCUCGCAGCUCUCCAUCUGGAGCUUCCAGAGCGCGAUGACGGACGCCGACGCGCUGGCGGACGACACCUUCCUGGGAAAAUCAG